GCCGAGUGACCUGCGCACUGAGGGUGUCGGCCGCCAUAGAGCCGGGCUGGUAUUUUCCAACAGAUUUUGUUUUAAUAUUGGAAACAGUUUCAUGGUGGAGGGUCCCGCCGCCUCUCUGCUGAAGGGGUCGGUUCGAGCCGAGCCUUAGGCCGGCCAUCCAUUCUGACGGGAGGCGGUUAGCUGCAGCUUGUACCUUCAUCAGGACCUCCCUCCCCCCCUCCCCACUCCCUGCCCCCUCUUUUUUUUCUCUCCUCUCUUCCCCUGUAAGCGAGUCCUAUGUGAAAGGAGCCAUCAGCCAACAUGUCAAACCUGGGCAAAGCUGGGACGAAGAAAGACACCAAGAUGAGGAUACGAGCCUUUCCUAUGACUAUGGAUGAAAAGUAUGUAAAUAGUAUCUGGGAUCUAUUGAAGAAUGCCAUCCAAGAGAUUCAGCGCAAAAAUAAUAGUGGGCUCAGCUUUGAAGAACUCUACAGAAAUGCCUAUACAAUGGUAUUGCAUAAACAUGGUGAGAAAUUAUAUACUGGACUGAGAGAAGUUGUAACUGAACAUCUGAUCAAUAAGGUACGAGAAGAUGUGUUGAACUCAUUAAAUAACAACUUCCUGCAGACCUUAAAUCAAGCAUGGAAUGACCAUCAGACAGCAAUGGUGAUGAUAAGAGACAUCCUCAUGUACAUGGAUCGUGUGUACGUACAACAGAAUAACGUAGAGAAUGUUUACAACUUGGGGUUGAUCAUUUUCAGAGAUCAAGUUGUACGUUAUGGUUGUAUCAGAGACCAUCUACGCCAAACUCUCUUGGAUAUGAUUGCACGUGAAAGAAAAGGAGAGGUAGUAGACAGAGGUGCAAUUCGAAAUGCUUGCCAAAUGUUAAUGAUUCUUGGCCUAGAGGGUCGUUCGGUAUAUGAGGAAGAUUUUGAGGCUCCAUUUUUAGAAAUGUCUGCUGAAUUCUUCCAGAUGGAAAGCCAGAAGUUCUUAGCAGAAAAUAGUGCAUCUGUGUACAUUAAGAAAGUGGAAGCACGGAUUAAUGAAGAAAUUGAGCGGGUUAUGCACUGUCUUGAUAAAUCUACAGAAGAACCAAUUGUGAAGGUGGUGGAGAGGGAAUUAAUUUCUAAGCACAUGAAGACUAUAGUGGAAAUGGAAAACUCAGGCCUAGUCCAUAUGUUAAAAAACGGAAAAACAGAAGAUCUAGCUUGUAUGUACAAGCUUUUCAGUCGUGUGCCAAAUGGAUUGAAAACUAUGUGUGAGUGUAUGAGUUCCUACUUGAGAGAACAGGGCAAAGCACUAGUGUCCGAAGAAGGAGAAGGCAAGAACCCAGUGGACUAUAUCCAGGGUCUUUUGGAUCUCAAGGGCAGAUUUGAUCGUUUCCUUCAAGAUUCAUUCAACAAUGAUCGUCUUUUUAAACAGACCAUUGCUGGUGACUUUGAAUACUUUCUUAACCUCAACUCCAGGUCCCCAGAAUAUUUGUCACUAUUUAUUGAUGACAAACUUAAAAAAGGAGUAAAAGGUUUGACAGAACAAGAAGUGGAGACUAUCUUGGACAAGGCUAUGGUUCUGUUCCGAUUCAUGCAGGAGAAGGAUGUGUUUGAACGAUACUAUAAGCAACAUUUAGCCAGAAGGCUCCUCACUAACAAAAGUGUAUCUGAUGACUCCGAGAAAAACAUGAUCUCAAAACUUAAGACGGAGUGUGGCUGCCAGUUCACAUCCAAACUGGAGGGAAUGUUCAGAGACAUGAGUAUCUCAAAUACAACAAUGGAUGAAUUCCGACAGCAUUUACAAACUACAGGGGUUUCUCUAGGAGGUGUUGACUUGACAGUAAGAGUUCUGACUACAGGUUAUUGGCCAACACAGUCUGCUACACCAAAAUGUAACAUCCCCCCAGCACCACGACAUGCAUUUGAAGUCUUUAGAAGAUUCUAUUUGGCAAAGCACAGUGGUCGACAGCUCACACUCCAGCAUCACAUGGGUUCAGCGGAUCUAAAUGCUACUUUCUAUGGACCUGUGAAAAAGGCAAAUGGCUCGGAGGUUGGAGUAGGUGGAGCUCAAGUAACUGGUUCAAAUACCAGAAAGCACAUAUUACAAGUAUCUACCUUCCAGAUGACUAUAUUAAUGUUAUUCAACAACAGAGAAAAAUACACAUUUGAGGAAAUCCAACAGGAAACAGAUAUUCCUGAAAGAGAAUUGGUCAGAGCUCUUCAGUCAUUAGCAUGUGGCAAACCAACACAACGAGUCCUUAGCAAAGAACCCAAGUCAAAAGAAAUUGAGCCUGGUCAUGUUUUUAUAGUGAAUGAUCAGUUCACAUCAAAAUUGCACAGAGUUAAAAUCCAAACAGUUGCUGCCAAACAAGGGGAGUCUGACCCAGAGAGAAAAGAAACACGACAGAAGGUUGAUGAUGACAGAAAGCAUGAAAUUGAAGCUGCCAUUGUACGCAUCAUGAAAUCCAGGAAGAAGAUGCAGCAUAAUGUUCUUGUGGCUGAGGUGACCCAGCAGCUGAAGGCUCGUUUCUUACCAAGCCCAGUGGUAAUCAAAAAAAGAAUUGAGGGACUUAUUGAGAGAGAAUAUUUGGCACGAACACCUGAGGAUCGUAAAGUAUACACUUAUGUAGCAUAAGAUGCAUUCAACCAGUUUAUCUUCUGGACUGUAUAACCGCAUGAACUGGGAGGUUCGUUUUAAAAAUAUUAAGAAGACCUUCUCCAAAUAAAUUGCAGUAAGUGUACUAGAUUAUUCAGAUCAAGCCCUCAUUCCCUGUGAUAAUUUUGAACAAAAAUGGACCCAACUUCUGGUUGCUCGCCAUUUUACCCUUGUAGAGAUCAUCCUUAAGAGUUCCUCGGGAAAAUGUGAAUGUGUUUUCAUUUUGUUUUCAGUACUGUAAAAAAAAAAAGGAAAUAAAAUCUAGAAAACGUGAAAUACCAUCAAUAAAAAUAAAAUAAUUGUUCAAAUUUCUUUUUCCCUGAUUCUCAAUGUUUAUGUCAAGGAAUUUUUCCAAGUGUUUGGCACCUCUUUGCUUGUAACGAUUGGGUAUAAAAAGCUGGUUAAAUGAACUGCAGCUGCCUUGCAUAUUGCCUUGCUUUUGCAAUAUUCCGCUAGGAAGAAGGCUUUAAUGUAAACUCCCAGAUAGUGUGCACAUUUUUAAAAUGGCAAAAAUGUGCUUUUUAACAUGCUGUAUUUUACCAUUGAAUGCAAUUUAUUGCAGAAUUUAUUUUCAGUGGAAAUCUUUGAAUGGGGUCCCAUUAAACUGCCUAUAUCAUCGCUAACAUUGUAUACUAAUUGUUUCUUUGUGUCGAUGGCAAGUGCAGUCCAUACCCAGUUACUUCUAAAGUUGAAGUUUUAUUUUAGUGUGUAUAAAAUGUAUAAUAUUUUUUUGCUGUUGUACUCACUGCUGAUAGUAGCUUGUACAGGGCAUUGUUUUCAUCACAUUACUUGUAGACAGAGGAAUUCAAAAUAAAAAUACUGGUAAGCUAGGGAAAAUCUGCAUUGUACACAAGAUGUAUACAGUCAUAAUAUCUAUUGGGAUGAUUAGCCUAUCUUAGUAUUCAUGUGAAAUGAAGCAUUAAGAUAGAUGUGACAAUGCAUGGAAACAACAUUUUUUAUAUAUACUGGGAGCCUUAAAGAGUAACUCUUAUUUAGUUACAGUUGUGGAUAAGCUGAAAGCUUGUUUCUAGUUCGCUUUUGAUUUGUCUGUAUCAAACAAAGCAAGACUGUCUCAGACAGUUAAAAGCACCCACACCUAGUCAAGGGAAAAUCAUUUCCAAGGGUGGUACUGGUUAAUGACAACAAUUUUUUAUUUCCACAGCAUUGAGAAUCAUAUGUACCUGUGGGAUGCGAUGAUCUAACCUUAUUUCGUAAACUUUCUCUGAACUGCAGCAGAAAAUCAAUUUAUGAUAUUAAUUGGUAGCAGUGAUUUUGUUUUUAUAUAUAAUGCAUUACAUGGAAACAAAAUAACUACCAAAUAAUUGUUUCCUAGGUAAUCUGCUGAAAAUAAAUGAUGGGAUAGUGGGGGCUGGGGAGCUACCUCAAUAACCCUCACUUUCUCUUGAGACUUUUCAGUAUAUCCACAAUUAAAUUUGAGUUGGUCUUUUAAAGCCCCAACCAGUGCUAUAAAUGGAGUGAGAAUGGAUGCAAGUGAUCCCUUCUGGGAUUGAAUUUUUAAUUAAAAAAAAAGUUUACCAAACUUUUGAGGACACUUAAUAUAUGCAUAACUAUCAUAAUUUAUGUUUAAAAGGUUAAUCUUAAUGGGUUAUUGAUUUUUUUUAAGUUCUGAGGUUUGUUAUUAGAGGUAAAUGUCAGAUUGUUUGCUGUACUGCUUUUUAAGGGCAUAUUACGAUCAAUCCAGUUCAGCCAACGUCUUUGUUAUGAUGCCAGCCAAUGGAAUACACAUUAAAGAUUCUACACUAAGUACAGAGUUGAAUGUUUUGAUGUGACUACUAGGAAAACACAAAGGAAAUUAAGUCCAUUUAAA